CCGAAGCCGCGCCGCGACGCGAUGGAGGUCGAGUACUGCGCGUCGUGCGCGUGCCCGCUCGAGUACUGCGACGUCGUCGGCUGCGCGCGCGUCGCCGCGCGCGCGCUCGAGCGGGUCGCGCUCGACGACGACGCGACGGCGACGACGACGACGACGGCGGCGGCGGCGGCGACGCGCGACGACGACGACGGCGAGAACGACGACGACGCGACGCGAAAAACGACGUCGAAGAAGAAAUCCAAGUCCAAGGCGCGCGAGGUGGUCGUGACGCGGUUGAGCCGGAACAGGAAAAAGAUGAUCACCAACGUCGUCGGGCUGGAGCGGUUCGACGUCGACCUGAAGGAGGCGAGCAAGGCGUUCGGGAAAAAGUUCGCGUGCGGGUGCUCGGUGACGAAGGGGGCGACGGGGAGGGAUGAGCUGGACUUGCAAGGGGAUUACUCGGAGCAGUUGGCGGCGUUGAUUUGCGAAAAGUACGAGGUGGGGGCGGAGGACGUGCGAUGCGUCGACAAGAGCAAGUUUUGA